AUUUUUGGACCAAUCAGGGUUGGAUUAUUUUCGUCGCGCAUUAUUAUAAUGUCUUUAUGUGUGGGAAUUUCGAUAGCACUUUCUUGGUAGUAUUCAGAGUCGAUUAUAUUUUUUAAGAGUCUGUAAUUAUGUUUUAGUGUACGUUUUUAGUGGUAAGGAUUCUGGGUGUUAUCAUGUAACUAAAUUAACUUGACAAGUAAUACCAUGCUCAGGAUAUCAUUUUUAUUGACCUAAUCUUGUAAAUAUUUUAAAUCCAUAUUUUCAUAUUAUGGGACUCAUCCUAUUAAGUAUUUAGUGAAUGCUUGGAACCUUUAUAUAAUAACUCCCAGUAACUAGGAUCUUACAACUCUUACGAAUGUUAAGUUUUAAAAGAUAUGUAGGUCAAAAAGGUAAGUAUAUAGUUCAAUUAUUCACAAUAAAUCACAGGCAGUGCCUGGGUAAGUUAAUGAUGGCAUUGAUUUCAAUAUUUGAUAAGGGUUAGUUGUGAAUCAUAGUUUCCAAUUCUUGUUGUCAGUGUUGAUUCACUAUAAAUCUUUGAUUCUUGAAUUUAUGAGUUAUUGCAACCCACUUGUAAGGGACUAGGUCACACGUACUUAGGACUUAUUUGGAACUUGGACAUAGGAUUUGACGUACAAAACACAUAGUGAUCCCUCCUCUCCAACACUAAUUUGUCGGAUUUAAUAAUACUGUCAGCGACCUAUCAGAUUAGGAAGUAAACUAUGCAGUCGUAUAGUACCAUUGUUCUUACAAAUUUUACUUGAUGGGGAUGUCAUUAAACCUUAAAAACACUUGGUUGGGGUUGUGUUGUAUAUUGCACUGCACACAGCUUACUUGGUUUCCCCCGACUUGCGCCACUUGUGGUGCAGAUGAGAUAUCAAUCUGUCUCUCAAAAGGCAAGUACACUGUACAUCAUCCUGCUCUAUACUGCUUAGUGGUUGCAUAGUAUUGCCAGUGCAAGUGUAGGUUAUUAGUAUCCGAUCCCAUCUCUUCAAAGCAUUUUUCGAGUAUUACGAAAACAGGGAGUAAUUCUAAAUUUAAGCAUUCGCUUUUUUGGUGAAAAUAGUUACUUGAUUUAUGGUUAGGUUAUGUACUGCUAAUAUAAUAGAUAAGGAAUUACAAACCUUUUAAGUGCUCUCUGCUCGAACACUAUUGGUCGGGUCAGCCUAUAGCGAAUCACUACCAGAAUUGUUAACCUCAAAUGGUGUUAUUUAGUUAUCUCUCGUUUAAUUGGCUUGGCGAUAUACGCUUCUCUAGCAACAGCACUUUCUACACUCCGCUUUCCAGCGGUUGGUCUCUCUUCAGAUAGUUCAUUUAUCGGCUAGAAAUACCCAGGUGACGACGCUGACAAAAUGCAAUGUUGAUCGUUUUAAGUGACUUAUAUGAAAUGCUAUCCCAUCUCUAGUUACUUGGCGUUGCUUCAUGACUGACCUGGGUCUACACCUGAAUUAAUGACAGAAAAGUAAUUAAGCAUGCCGACCACUUGUCUUGAAGGUCUCACCAUCCCUUGGGAGCUAGUGUCUGACGGAAACUCGGGACAAAUUCAGAAAGCUUGGUUAGAUUUUAUCAACUUACGUCACUUAUCUCAUAGCCAAGAUGUCCAUCUGCCAACUAAGGGCAUGUAUACACAGCAAUACGAUCUGUAUUACUUUAUGGCUGUGAAACGUGGUCUAUAUAAGCAGAAGAAAUUGGUAGACUGAAGAUUUCUAGUCACAGAGGUCUUCAAAACAUUGCUUGCGUUUCUUGGAAUGUCACUGGCUCAGAUGCACUCACCGUUUCUGUUCCUCUAGACCUUGUAUUUCAGUAUUCCUUCAUGCAUUUUACUUAUUAUUUGUUUAUUUAUUUGGACACAAAUAUUAAUACAAAGGGGAACCGACACCGUUUAUUUAUUUAUUUAAACUCAUAAACAUUGUUACAAAGGAGCACCAAAAUAUUUAGGGUCCAAACAAAUCAUUAAAUUUGUUUGUGGGCUAGGAUACUACCCUGUUGUCCAAACCGAAGCAUGCGGUUUUCUCGAAGGCCGCUCCCUGAUCCUUUGAUCCAGGGGUCUAAUCCGCAAGGCAGUGAAGCACUGUUAAGAAAUAUGGUCUCAUGAUAGCUAGUGAUGGGUUCAUGUGCCAUUUAUUCCCUCAUGAUCCUGGAACCCAUGUGCACCAUUGGUUUGGAAUCAUGGUUUUCCAACUCCCCUGGCCAGACACUCAGCACUCGCCAACCCAGUUUAGGCGCCGGAAGUUAGCUUUUUGUCUUCUGAAUUUCAUGAACAGUACCCUGGUCGCAAAAAGCCAGUGAAUAGGAUUUCCCUGACAGUGGCUAUAUAUGCGUGACUGUAUGAGAGCAUCUCAAGAGAGUGAGAGGAUCCACUUCACCCUUGGCUGUACCAAGGCCUUUGAGGUCACUCAUGGGGUUUACGUCAAUACCGAUACCUCACUUUUGUACGCAAUUAUCAUUCAGCCACAUCGUAUCAAUGUUUAUUAUCGACUGAUCAACAUUUUUAACAAUCUAAAACUGUUUGGAUAAUCAAAUCAUCAAAAAUUUUCCAUAGCACCUAGGUAUGCUCAAUCACUUUCUACUGCAACAUACAGUGGUAGCAAGUUUUGGCACAGGUUUAAAGGAAGUUAGGGAUGAUCAAACCAGCAUUAAUCUAGUCAGUGACUGUUGCUAUGAACCGUGCGAAAUUCGUGGUUUAGGUUAGCACAAUAUUCGUAAUCCAUGGUCGAGAAUGUUGGAGAUGUCCUAAAAUCACUUAAAGUAGCUUAGAUGAAUCUAUUGUUUGUAUACCACUAGGUCAUAAGUUUCAACAUUGUCCCAUAAUUUUUAUUCCUCAAAUUCACUCUUUUCUAAACCGCAUUCUCUAUAUUUAGUCUUCUUCACCAUCAUUGAUAUUAUUAAUUUCGAUUCUCUUGCUACUCAUCCUGGUAAAUUUAUCUCCCUGUGUUGAUGUGGUUAGUUCACUUUUUCAAAUCCACAUUCUUCCUAGUUUCUACAUCGAUUGUAACUGACCAACUGUAUUUUGUGCAAGCAGAUGUAUCUAUUUCAUUGUAAUCGUUCCUCAGAUCAAAACAUAUCCAACCCCUAGAUAGAAAUAGGAAAAGUAAAGCCGAAAUUUUGAAACAACAGGGACGUCAUCCCUCAUGUAUAGAAAGUAGUGGACCACUUUAUCAAUCUGUAUGUAGUUAUUUGACAAUACGAUAGAUGGCUGAGGUGUGUUCCAUUUGUUUAACCAUCAUCAUCUACUUCAACGCUCAAUAAUGGUUGGCGUGGGGAGAGAUUUAAUGAAAAAACCGGUCAAACUAUAAGAUGGCAUCAGUUAAUAAAUCCAUUUAAUGCCAAACUGAGUUGUAGUGAUAAUUGCAAGCCACUUGUUUGAAGUUUUCUUGGCAAUUACCACCAUUAGUUAAAGAUUUCGGGUAACGUGACUCAGAAUCUGGCAAACUGACCCGGAUCUUUUGAUUUCUACCUUUCGAACUAUGUUUUUAAUGUUUAAUCUUACAAUCAUUGAUACUACCACUAUUUCGUUAUUUAUACAAUUAAGUUCAUCCCAUGUAUCAAAUAAAUAAGUAAGAUGUAUAGCUUUAUCUCAUGUUAAUGUGGUUUGAGAAUUCGGGGGAUAGCACAUUUACGCCUGUUACUUUUAAUGGAGCAUAGGCAGCCGACCAGCAUUCUCCAACCCAAUCUGUCCUGGGCCUUCUUUUCUAGUUCCAUUCAAUUCUUGUUCAUUUUUGUCGUCUAUCUUCAUUUCUCGGCGUAAUGUGUUCUUUGGUCUUCCUCUUUUCCUUUGGCCUUGAGGAUUCCAAGUGAGGGCUUGUUUUGUGACGCAGUUGGAUGCUUUCUUCGAUGUGUGUCCUAUUCACUUCCUGAUUUCUUCCUCCGCUGGAAUCUGGUUUGUUCUCUCCCACAGUUGGUUGUUGCUAAUGGUGUCCGGCCAAGGUUAAAAAACGCUGACCAGGUUCCGGGAUAACUAUCGAUAAAUGUGAUCCACAUCUGAUCUCCAAGAUCUUAGCGUUUUUUGAAGAGUAAAAUUUUAAUUCUGACGUCCUCAGAAUAUGAGGUUUAACAUUGUAUAUACUUGAGAUUUAAAUCGAUAUCUUUUAUUGCAUAUAUUUUAGACCAGGUCUUAAACAAUUAUGACUUUUGAUUCAUAUCCUGUAAUCUCUAACCAUCCACUUUAUUUCAGAAAUCCCCACUAGUACAAUACUUUUCGGUUAUAAUGUAUUCAGUUACUUCAAUCAAUUUUCGAACAGCAGUUAGUACUAUUUUCGGUCUCAACUUUUUCUAUGACAUCAUAGGAUGAGUUAUCCACCAGAUGCUUCACGUUCAUGUCAUGAAGCUGAUGGACGUAGUGAUCGAAGCGGUGGUAGUGGUGGUGCAACUAGUGGGAGUGGGGGCGGUGGUGUUUAUGGGACAUUAUGCAGUGCAUUUGGAGGUAGCAACUGGUCAAGCAAUACUGCAUCAUAUGAAGUUGGACAUGAUCCCAUAAUUUCCGUAGCUCCAUCAAAUACAAAUGAACGGAUGAUUUCAAAUUGGAAGAAAUGGUCGUUAGGUUUGGAUUAUUUACUUCAGGAUAGUGAAGGUGUAGCCCUUUUUAAAUCUUAUCUUCAAUACGAAGGUUGUGCAAAUCUUCUUGAUUUUUGGUUUGCAUGUCAAGGUUUCCGGAGUAAAGUUGAUCCUUCUGAUCACCGAAAAAUAACUCAAUUGAUUAAAGCAAUUUAUCGUACGUACAUUAGAGGGUCUAGCAAUAGUCUUAAUUCUCAACCUCUCCUUUAUUUGGGGAAGCAACAGUCCACUCCUGUGCUACAAAACCGAAGUGAACCUAUUCGUCUUAGGUCAGAGACUCGGCAUGCUAUCACAGAAAGAAUUUCACGUAAGCAUACUUUAGACCAAACUGUGUUCGAUUCGGCUCAAGCAGAAGUUGAACACUUUCUACGAACAACAGCAUAUCCUGCUUUCCUUAAGUCUGAUAUUUAUGUCGACUUCCUACAAACAGCUCUGGAAGGUUCUAUUCGUAAGUUUCCUACGUGGGAACAAACGGUCUCUACCUCGUUAUUCCCGUGUACUGGUGACAAACAGUUAAGUACAGCUACUAACCUCCCAGAAUGCCCGUCAAACAUGGCAUUAGGAGGGAAAGUUCUUCCAACUUUAGAUGAAGAUCGUGAGUUGCAGUCCGAAGAACUAUCACUAUUGCACCCUUCAAGACAGGCUUGCAGACCUGCUUGUUGUCAAAUACUUUCAUUACCUGAUACAGCUGCUGUUACACCUGAUCAUGGUCAUUGUCAACACUGUAAGAAAUGUCAGUUAUAUAAUCCGUGUUUACCACUGGAUUAUUCUCAACCUAUCCUAAGACCACCAUCGUGUUAUCAACAAUCGCCAGUUGUGCCUACUAGUUCGGCAGCACCUCUAACUAUGGAGAAUUUGCAAAUGACUCGAUUUUAUCGUACAGAAUUAUCGCUACAACGUUCUUAUUUUAAUCCAUCUCAAAAUCCCUAUGUUACGAGACCUAAUCAAGAAGGUGAACCUGUUGGACAUGCACAUGUAUCACGUGCUUGCAGUUCAACUCCAUGGCGUUUUCACAAUCGUCCCAACUACGCUUACACUCACUGGGCAGAUGCGAUGUGUCCACCUUCUAUGGAUCCACGUUUAGGGAAUUUGCCCAGUCAACCGCCUAAUCCAUAUCAUAUCUCCUAUGCACCAGUUUCAGCACGUGACUCAGAACAUCAUAGUCUUUCAAGUGACGCACGAACUGAUGAUACUCAUUCACAUACGGAUAGUAGCCACGACGGUGCUUGCAAUCGUUUACGUGCUCUUAAUCAUCGUUAUCCAAGCCCGUUCCAAUCAUCACGUUCUCAUAAUAACAAUAAUAAUAGUAAUAAUAGUAAACGUCAAAAUCAACUCUCCCAUCAUCAUCACCAUCAUCAACGUCAUCUAUCUACCGGUCCACAAGGGAAUAGUAGUGGUGUUGGUGAAUUAAUGGUGCAGUGUACUUCUCCUAAAUCAUCAUCAUUUCCAACUUCUUUUCAAAGUCGUUUACAACAAUCUAAUCCAUUUUGUCGAAGUCCGAUUGGGAUUGGUGGUGCUGGUGGUGAUAGUCGUAUCAAUUAUCCUUUGGAGACUUUUUCAAUCAAUACAAGUUGUCCAAUAAGUACAGCUCCUAUUACUACUAGUAAUAAUGGAAAUAAUCAAGGGAUUGGAGAGAAAAUUACUCAACACUCAACAACAGAUCCAAUUAUUAAUAAUAAAUCACAACAGCAAAAACAUCAACGUCGUCUAGCUAGACGUGGUGUCAGUUCUCGUCCUUUCAGUGAUAAAACAAAACUCCAUAAUAAUAACAAUUAUUGUACCGUUGGUAGUGCUGCUGCUGGAAAUCCCACCGGAUUGAAUGUUCCAAUUAAACCAAGUAAUAAAUCAUCAACCAGUCGAUCAUAUAGCAUGGCUGAACAUGAUCCAAAAGCUUUUGCACAAAUUUUAUCAGAGAAACUACAACGUUUAUUAAAUAGUCAAUUAGUUACAGAACGUCUUGAUAAUCUUAUGAUUGAAACUAGUCCAAACAUUCAAGAAAGUCAAGAACAAGUGAAUGAAACUACCAAUUUAACGAUUACAGAUUAUAAUAAUAACAAGUCUCAUAAUGAUGAACCAUCUAUUAUUAGUAAUACUUCAACUGUUAUUACAUUCACAACAACUAAUUGUCCUAUUGUUACAAAUACUACUAAUAUUAUUGAAACUAUUACUACUACUACUACUACUAAUUUAACAAGUACUCAAUCAAAUUUCAUUCAUAAUAAAAUUACAUCAUCUAUUACUAAUCGAUUAGUGAGUGAUAGUACAUCAACUGUUACUGUUGUUACUACUCCUUCAGUACUUCAACGUCCAUGGGCUGAUAAGUUAUUAGCUGCUGCUCGUGUUCAACAUGAAAAUACACGUGAAAAUGCUCAGGCUAUUCUUGAAGAUCAUUGUUCAAGAAUAUGGGCUGCAUCAGCUGAUCGUACUCCAAGUAGUGGAGGAGGAGGAGGAGGAGGGAGUGGCGAUGGAAGUAGAGAAGGUGGUCAUCUUCGUGAUGUUGAUGAUGAUGGUGAUAACAACGUUAUUAAUGAUAUUGAUCAUAGUAGAAUUGGUAUAGAUCUUAGUAUACAUUCAACUAGGCCUCAUGAUACUACAACAUUAGAUGAUAACUCAUCUCAACGAAAUAUUUCAUUAGAUAUAAGUGAACAUUCAUUUAUAUCUCCAAUUAUCAAUAAUUAUGAUCAUGAAUCAUAUUGUCCAUCUACUUCUUUAAAUUAUAAUAGACCAUAUAUUAGUGGUAAUAAUGUUAUCAGUGAUGUCAAUUGGUUACAUUCAACUAAUAAUGAUAUAACAAAAUCACAACAAACACAUAAUCAUAAAUCAUCUUCUUAUUCUAUAGUUGAAAAUAAUCAAAUUAUAAAUAAUUGGAUUAAUGAUGAAAAUACACAAUUUAUGCCUAAUAAUAAUUCUAUUAAUUCAUAUAAUAAAUCUUCCAGUACAAUCGAUCCAUCAACUACAAAAUCAUUACCAGUAAUCGUUCCACCAUGGUUUGCAUCAUUUUCUCAAUCGAAACAUUCUCAUAAGACAUCAGAUAUUCAAUUACAUACACAUUAUACAGAGCAUUUAGUCGAUUCCAUUAAUACCACUGAUGCUGCAAUAUCUAUGCAUGAUACAGAUCGAACAGAAAAUAGUCCACGUAAUAUUGGUAGUAGUAGUAGUAGUGGUACUACUACCACUACAACGACUACAGCUUCUACUACAACGAGCAGUACUAAUGAUCAUCAUCAUCAAGGUUCUAUUACAACUAACACCACAUCUCAAUCAACUCAUUCUUCAUCAACAUCAGCUGUUUCUGGGACGUCGAAUUCCACACCGGGAAGUUCCGGUGUAGGUGUAUGCACCUCGUCCAACUCACUUGUUAUAGGUUAUUAUAUGGGUGAUGAUCCGGUACCCUAUAGAAGUUUAUGGCCAUCAUCAGAGAUUACACUUGGUCAAUUUAAACAAUUAAUUCCAAAGAAAAAAGGCUUAUUCCGAUACUUUUUUAAGAAAGCAUCCGAUGAAUUUGAUUCCGGUGUAGUCCAUCAAGAGAUUACAAAUGAUGAUACUAUUCUACCUUUAUGGGAAGGUAAAAUUGUCGCCAAAGUUGAACGAAUUGAUUAAUGUUUACAAGUUGAUUAAUAGUUGAAAAUAGAACACGUUACUAUUAGGAAGAAUACAAAAAUCAUUUAUUUCAUUGGAUUUUUUUCUUCUAAAGGUAUAAUAAUUACGAAGUUUGUUUAUUCUCUGUUUCUAUCUCUCUCUCUCUCUCUUUCUGAUUUUCACUAUGUUGAAGAAUGAAAUAGCAUAUAACCGCUUAAAUGUAUCUUUUAACUAUUCUGUUUUUCUUUCUCUCUCUCUUUUCCUCCUUGAUACGGUAUUACACAAAUCAUUACAUUAUUCAAAUGUAAAAAUAAGCGCCUCACAACUUUUCUACUCGAUCACUUCCACUUUAUUCGUAUACACUGCUAUCUUCUUCAAUAUUCUCAAAAUCCGGUUAUUAUUUUCAAUGCUGUUCUUAUUAAUAAUGAUGAUGUAAUUGUGGUAAUUUGUGCCUUCUUAUCAUCAUUAUUUUAGUUGUUUUUAAGUUUUAUUAUGUAUGUAUGUAUCUAUGUAUGUAUGCGUGUGUAUGUGCUUAUGUGCAGUACACUUCAAUUAAUCGUACAUACUGGCGAGUGCCCAUCCUGAUCAAUAACACUUUUUCUAUGGGUUAAACAGGGUAUAUUAUUAUUACUAAUAAUAUUAAAUUAUAGUUUCUAUUUUUCUCUCCUAUUUUGGUUUUUUUUUCCUUCCUUUUUUUUCUAAUAAUAAAAAACAAUUUUCGAUUUAUCCCUUUUUUUUCUAAAAAAAAAGAAAGAAAAAACACACAUUUCUAUAUCCCAGUUAUAUUCUAUGAGGUAAGAUAGAAGGAGGGGGGGUGUAGGGAGGUGUUAACAAUGAUAAUCACUGAAAGAGUUGGUCAUUGUAAAUGUUUAUUUUAUGCAUAGUUACCUCUUGUUCAUUUACAUUAAAUUCUUACCCAUCUCAUUUUACAUACAUGACAAUUAUAAUUAACACUUAUUAUUAUGUUUAUCUUAUGUUUCCUUUAAGAAAAAAUAAGAAAAAAAUUCCCCCUGCUUUUACAAUCCAUCAAUCUUGAUAGUUUUUAACCUAACUACUAUUAUUAUCAUUUAUAAGGUCAAUUCAGUUUUUAUUCUUUAUUCAUUAGUUGAAGAGGAAGGGGGGGAGAGGAUGGACGCACAUAAUGUAUUCACAUUAUUGUUAUAUUUUACAAAAAUCAAUGGAGUAUCUAAUUGAAUAGUGAAAGAGAGAGAAAAAUCUCUUUUUUGUUUGUUUAUUUUUUUUUUGUUAAAUAAAAUGUUUCCCUUUAAAUAGUGAAUAAACGGUCUAUGUUGUAAACAUGUGUGCGAAUUUAUGUGUAGUUGAUGGAAAGUUAGAGACAAAUGAGGAAUCAUGCAACAAAUACGCACACACACACCACACAUUAUACAUGAUAAUAAUAAAUAUGUUUUCUACUCAUAUUUCAUCUUCUGAUAUAAAUUUUAUUGUUUUAUUGAAUGAAUGAAAAGUCUAUGAAAUGGCAUUAUAUUUCUAUAGUUUAUUGAUAUUUAAGAUUUGUGCAUUAUAUAAUAUCAGUGCAGUUAAUGAGUG